GGAGGAAUAGUGCCCCAUCAUUGGUGUCAGUGGGGAGGAGGAAUAGUGCCCCAUCGUUGGUGUCAGUGGGAGGAAUAGUGCCCCAUCUUUGGUUAUCAGUGACACCAAUGAUGGGGCACUAUUCCUCCCACUGACACCAAUGACACUUGCUACCCCUGUUCCAGCAUGGUGCUGCUGCAGCCAGCAUACGUGGUUGCAGCAGCACCUCUGCACGGCACACUUACCGGCCGCUCCCUCACCCGAUUUUUGCGGGGGGGGGCCGAUCGGCUCCGCCUGCUCGCCGUGAUUGGCCGCCUGUGUGCCUUUCCUGAGCUACAGUUCUGGCACCCAAUCACCGGUGAGGAGAUUGGGCGCCAGGAGGCGGAGCCGAGCGGCCAU